UCCAUUGUUCUCCGUGCCCCACCGGCUUAAGCAGAGGUGCAUCCAGAGGGGCCGGGCCGAGACUGGGGCGCUUUUGCUCGCAGAGCUACGGCAGGAGCCGAACCUGGUCUCAGGAGAGGGUUUCUUGCUGAGAUUGGAGGUGGGAAGUGACUUCUCAGACAGCCUGCCUGGAGACGGGUAAGGCUUGAAGCCUGAGUGGUCAUCCAGGAAGUUGGACAUGGCAGCAGAGGUACCAGCAGUGACCACUGCCCUUAGCCCUUUGGUCCAGGUGCCUCAAGAAGAUGAUGAACAGGCAGAGGUCACCACUAUGAUCCUGGAGGAUGACUCUUGGGUGCAGGAAGCUGUGCUGCAGGAGGACGGCCCUGAAUCUGAGUCCUUUCCCCAGAGCGCUAGAAAGGGCAGCCCCCAGGAAGAGGGUGCAGCUGGUGGACCUCGGGGUGCACUUGUUCACUUUCGGGAGCUCUGUCGGCGCUGGCUGAGGCCAGAGGUGCACACCAAGGAGCAGAUGCUAACUGUGCUGCCAAAGGAAAUUCAGGCCUGGCUGCAAGAACAUCGGCCUGAAAGCAGUGAGGAGGCAGUGGCCCUGGUGGAAGACUUGACCCAGACCCUUCAGAACAGUGAUUUUGAGAUACAGAGUGAAAAUGGGGAGAACUCAAAUCAAGACAUGUUUGAGGAUGUGGAAUCACAUGAGAUGUUCAUGAAAAUGCCUGGAGUGGAAGGUGGUCAGCAGUCUGAUGCGGAAAGUGACUUUGAGAGAGACUGUGGCUCUGGGGCCACCCAGGGAAAUGCUCCAGGUGAGGACCACAGCAACAUGCUAUCCCAGGGCAGGGAAGUUAGUCAACUCAUAGGCCUUCAGGGCACCUACCUGGGAGAGAAGCCUUAUGAAUGCCCUCAAUGUGGGAAAACUUUCAGCCGGAAAUCCCACCUUAUCACACAUGAACGGACACAUACUGGAGAGAAGUACUACAAAUGUAAUGAAUGUGGAAAGAGCUUUAGUGAUGGUUCAAACUUUAGUCGACACCAAACCACUCACACAGGAGAGAAACCUUAUAAAUGUAGAGAUUGUGGGAAGAGCUUCAGCCGGAGUGCAAACCUUAUCACCCACCAGAGGAUCCACACAGGAGAAAAGCCUUUUCAGUGUGCUGAGUGUGGUAAGAGUUUCAGCAGGAGUCCCAACCUCAUCGCUCAUCAGCGCACCCACACAGGUGAAAAGCCGUACUCAUGCCCUGAGUGUGGAAAGAGCUUUGGUAACAGGUCCAGCCUUAAUACUCACCAGGGCAUCCACACUGGAGAAAAACCCUAUGAGUGUAAAGAAUGUGGAGAAAGCUUCAGUUACAACUCCAACCUGAUUAGACACCAGAGAAUCCACACAGGAGAGAAACCAUACAAAUGCACUGAUUGUGGACAGAGGUUUAGCCAGAGCUCAGCUCUCAUAACCCACCGGCGAACACACACAGGAGAAAAACCCUAUCAGUGCAGUGAGUGUGGCAAAAGCUUCAGCCGCAGCUCCAAUCUGGCUACUCACCGGCGAACUCACAUGGUGGAGAAGCCCUACAAGUGUGGGUUGUGUGGGAAAAGCUUCAGCCAGAGCUCCAGCCUGAUUGCACACCAGGGCAUGCACACAGGAGAGAAGCCAUAUGAGUGCCUUACAUGUGGCGAGAGCUUCAGCUGGAGUUCCAAUCUCAUUAAGCACCAGAGGAUCCACACUGGAGAGAAGCCCUAUAAAUGUAGCCAGUGUGGGAAGUGCUUCAGCCAGCGCUCACAGCUAGUGGUGCACCAACGGACCCACACGGGCGAGAAGCCCUAUAAAUGCCUCAUGUGUGGCAAGAGUUUCAGCAGGGGCUCCAUUCUGAUGAUGCAUCAAAGAGCCCAUUUGGGAGACAAGCCUUACAGGUGUCCUGAGUGUGGGAAAGGCUUUAGCUGGAAUUCAGUUCUCAUUAUACAUCAGCGAAUUCACACAGGGGAGAAGCCCUACAAAUGCCCUGAAUGUGGCAAAGGCUUCAGCAAUAGCUCCAACUUUAUUACUCAUCAGAGGACUCACAUGAAAGAGAAACUUUACUGAAAUGGCAGUAAAGUGAAGGGAAAGUGUUGGAACUGACUGUGAGGGGGAACUGCCACAAAGCCCCAAACUAUGAUUCCUUUCAAAAAGCCAUUUUCCCUAAAUACUCUUGGGGAGUUUUUACCAGAACCUUAUCCUUGUUCAUCCUCAUUUCAAAGACACUAUUAUCUUGGUUGGAGUGACGCUCCAUGCAGUUCAAGAACAAAGUGUAGGAGGGGACAGUCUGGAAGUAGGGUCUUUUCUAUUGCAUUUCAUGAUUUGAUUGCCCCAGCUCCCAAUUCUUCAGUGCUUCGGUUCUCUUAAAAGGAACAAUGUUUCUCCAUAUGUUAUAACAGCUUGGCUGCAACCUGAGCCAAGCCUGUAAAGAAAUACUGGACCCCUGUUUUUGUGGUUCUGUGUUUUGCUGUCACUUUGUUCAGCAGGUGCCUUUACCCCGUGCUCCUAGUAAUUCUAGGGUCCCCUGCUCGUGUUGGUCUCCACUCUUCCUGGGGGUUUGGUGUUUGGGGGUUUGGUUCCAGGUCAAGGUGAUAGGUUUUCUCCAAUGCUUAAUCAUCCAAAUGAAGGCAAAUCCCCUUUCUAGUUCCAAAAAGUGUCAGUACACAGGUUGAGGAAGGAUAGGCUGCAACCUAUGUCCCAGUUUUCUCCCAUUGACAAGUAGAGUGCCUGCUAAGAAAGGCAUACACUGUGAUUUGUGUGCUUGCUUUUUUGUACAGUCCUGUGGUUACGUUGACUGCUUAUGGAGCACAACUGUUCUCAUGUGAUUUGUGUUGAGGCAUGAAGCUUCUGACUUCCAGGUGUCUGGUACAUGGUAAUUUCUGUCUCAUCAAACAGGUGAACAGUCCUGUACACUGUGUGCCGUGUAAGCAUUUCUCACUCUGUGCAUUCCUUUUCUCCCUGUCAUUUUAC